AUGUCUGAGGGCAAGGUCCAGCCUCCAAAGGCACCUGUAGUGGCCGAGGCUCACGAGGUGGACACUUUCCACGUUCCGAAACCAUUCUUCACCAAGGGACCCGGAAAAGCCCACCUCAAAGAUCUCGACGAGUACUGGUCGAUGUACAAGGAAUCGAUUGAACAGCCGGACAAAUUUUGGGGAAAGAUGGCUCGUGAUCUUCUGUCGUGGCAGCAAGAUUUCCAAACCGUACAUACUGGCUCCUUGCAGAAUGGUGACAAUGCCUGGUUCUUGGAGGGUCGUUUGAACGCCAGUUUCAACUGCGUUGAUCGUCACGCAAUCAAGAACCCCGACAAGCCUGCCAUCAUCUACGAGGCCGAUGAACCGAACGAGGGUCGGACCCUGACCUACGGCGAGCUCCUUCGCGAGGUAUCCAGGGUCGCAUACACUCUGAAACAGAUGGGUGUCAAGAAGGGCGACACCGUUGCCCUCUACCUCCCUAUGAUUCCGGAGGCCGUUAUUUCCUUUCUUGCUGUCACACGUAUCGGCGCAGUUCAUUCGGUCGUUUUUGCCGGUUUCUCGUCUGGCUCAUUAGCUGACCGUAUCAUUGACGCUAACUCCAAGGUCGUCAUCACAACCGAUGAGGGGAAGCGUGGCGGAAAGUUGAUCGGGACCAAGAAGAUCGUCGAUGAAGCUCUCAAAAAGUGCCCCGACGUCAGCCACGUUCUGGUGUACAAGAGGACCGGCGCAGACGUGCCCUGGACCAAGGGCAGAGAUUUUUGGUGGCACGAGGAGGUUGAGAAGUACCCCAACUAUAUCGCACCCGAAUCCAUGAACUCUGAAGAUCCUCUGUUCCUCCUCUACACUUCUGGUUCAACGGGCAAGCCCAAAGGUGUCAUGCACUCGACCGCAGGGUAUUUAUUGGGUGCAGCAGCCACCGGUAAAUAUGUAUUCGAUAUUCACGAUGACGACGUCUUCUUUUGUGGCGGUGACGUGGGUUGGAUUACGGGACACACCUACGUCGUCUAUGCUCCAUUGCUGCUGGGGGUGGCCACGGUCGUUUUUGAAGGUACUCCAGCCUACCCGAACUUCUCCCGGUAUUGGGAUGUCAUCGACAAGCACAACGUUACCCAGUUCUAUGUCGCGCCGACCGCCCUUCGUCUACUCAAGAGAGCCGGGGACGAGCACAUCCAUCAUAAACUGCACAAACUGCGAGUGCUUGGUUCUGUUGGUGAGCCUAUCGCCGCAGAGGUCUGGAAGUGGUACUUUGAGUCGGUAGGCAAAGAGGAGGCACACAUCGUUGAUACAUACUGGCAGACGGAGACGGGUUCACAUGUCAUCACUCCUCUAGCUGGUGUCACCCCGACGAAGCCCGGUAGUGCUUCUUUGCCAUUUUUUGGUAUUGAGCCCGCCAUCAUCGAUCCCGUUUCCGGUGCAGAGAUCGAGGGCAAUGACGUUGAAGGUGUUCUGGCGUUCAAGCAAGCUUGGCCCAGCAUGGCACGCACUGUCUGGGGUGCUCACAAGAGAUACAUGGAUACAUAUCUGAAUGUAUACAAGGGAUACUACUUCACCGGCGAUGGCGCUGGACGCGACCAUGAAGGGUACUACUGGAUCCGAGGUCGCGUCGAUGAUGUUGUCAAUGUCUCAGGUCAUCGUCUGUCCACUGCUGAGAUCGAAGCUGCCCUGAUCGAGCACGAUGGUGUUGCUGAAGCCGCAGUUGUCGGAAUCAACGAUGAGUUGACCGGCCAGGCAGUCAAUGCUUUCGUCUCCUUGAAGGAUGGAGUAGAUCCAGGUGAGGCCACACGAAAGGACUUGAUCCUGCAAGUCCGAAAGCAGAUUGGACCAUUCGCAGCACCCAAGGCCAUUUUCAUCGUCGACGAUCUUCCCAAGACGCGGUCCGGCAAGAUCAUGAGGAGAAUUCUGAGAAAGAUCUUGAGUGGCGAGGAGGAUAGCCUUGGCGACACGUCGACUCUCAGCGAUCCAAGCGUUGUGGACAGAAUCAUCGAGACAGUCAAGUCUUCGAGAAAGAAGUAG